CACACACACACACACUCAGGUCCUGUCACUGUGUCUCCCUGAACAUUCCCUCCGCAGCUUGUGUUGCUGCCUGUUUGAAAGCAGAUCAGUAAUCCUGGAUCAGAGAGUACAAAGGGACCCCAGAGCGUUGGUGAUGCAAGCACUGUGUCCAGUGUCCAGCGCUUACCCCACAUGCUGCCUGGGAGGGGCCGAGGUGGGACAGGGAGGAACGUCCCUGUUGUGACUGACCCUGAAGACAAGCGAACGCUGAUACCGGCAGGCCAACCGGCAGCCUGUCUGCUCUGUCUCGGGGGCCUGCUGCCGAUGACCUGGGACACAGUGGGAAGUGCUCUCCAGCUCGCUGUGGAGGAAUGCAGCUAAGCUGUGAGGAGUGGUGGACUGUGUGACCGGGCAAACAGAGUGACUUACAUAUACUGUGCUUUAUUCAGGGAAGGCCACGUUGCUGCAGAUGUCCAUGGACUCGCUGCAGGACUCCAGUCACACAAUGUGGGGCCUGAAUGCUCGCUUGAAGAGCUUCUUGGAGCAGGUGAACCGGCUGCAGGAAGCAAACCAGCGGCUGGAGGCUCAGAUAGCCAGCUGGGGGGUCAGGAACACCUCGCGUUCCCAGGACUGGUCCAAACAGGAACAGACUGUCAAGGAGCUCCGUGCCCAGGUCGGUAAACUACUGAUGGAGAAUGCUCAACUGGCUUUAGAGUCUGACAGCAUGAAGUCCAGAGCGGCUGCCAUCCAGGCCAGGUGUGAGACAGAAGAGAGGAACACCAGGCGUCUGGAGGAAGAGGUGGCUCUGCUCAGGGAGACCAAGAGGACGGCAGAACACAGCAGCACGGUGCUGCAUGCAGAGGUUCACCGCUCCAUGACAGAGCUGCAGGAGAUGCACCGGGAAUUUGAGGCAGCCCGGGCUCUGCAGCUGCAGCGGGCCAGCUCCUGUGAUGCUCUGUUAGCGACGGCCACGGCAGCAGCAGCAGCAGUAGGAGGAGGAGGGGAGGAGGAGGAUGGCACAGGGAUGGAGCUCACCCAGCUCCUCGACCGAAUCAGAGCGCAGUGCGAACAGAGCAGGAUCCCCAGCUCGGGGGAGAGACACCUUGGCCUGGGCGCCAUCUCAAAUCCAGCCCCCGGCUUGGUCGGGCCUCCUCGUGCUGGAGCUGGAGCAGCAGCAGCAUCCAGAACACACAGAGGAGCCCUUAGUGAGGAGGAGGCAGCGUGGGCGCAGGUGAGCCUCGGCGGCGCCGCCCUGAGGGAGGCACGGGCCGAGCUAGCCGAGGCCAGGAAGCAGUGGCACUCGCUGCAAGUGGAGAUUGAGACCUUACAUGCUUUGGAGAAAGGCCUGGAGACCUCCCUCCAGCACACCCAGCGGCUGUACUCCAGCCAGCUGCAGGAUCUUUCCCAGGUGAUCGCUGGGCUGGAGAGCGAGCUCGAGCAGGUGAGGAGCGGGUUGGCCACCCAGCGCCAGCGCCACAGCCAGCUUCUCAACACCAAGAUGAGGCUGGAGAGAGAGAUUACUACUUACCGCCGUCUGCUGGAGCGCGAAGAGGGAAGAUACAUGGGUCGUACUGCACAGCCGACGGUUCUGCGGCCAUGGAGGUCUUCAGUCGUGGAGCCAAAGGAGAAUGGACUUGAAAAUGGCUUCAGUGACCCCGCCGUUACUCCAGACGAACCCAAGUCAGAGCCCCUCCCUGACAUACCUUCACUCCUCCCAACAGAAAACGGGCUGAAGAAAAGCAUACUGUACAGACAGCGAAGCCUGGUGAUACUCACAGAGCCGGAACUAGAUAAGGACUUGCCAAUCUCCACUGUGAAGACUCAGGAGAUUCUUCAAGGCAAUGUGAUGCAAGAGAGCGCAGAGGGUCACGGCACCAUUGAGACAGAGAAGAUUGAUAAGGUGAUAAAGCAGUGGGAGGGCUCCUUCUUCAGGGGGAAUCCCAAGCUGAGGAAGAAGUCUGUGUCGCUGCGCUUCGACCUGCACAUGGCCGCGGCGGACGAGGGGUGCGCCCAAACCAAACAGGACAGCCUCCCCGACGUGGAGGUGCGUCUCAUCAUGAAGAGAUCCCGCAGCAUCCCGACCAUCACGCAGUAACUCGCUCACCAUUGGGCCCGAGUUGACGCCGGUUUGCGGUAACAAAAAUAACAUUUGUGCCGCGACGGCGGGCACGUUACCACCCGUCACCAUCGUGCUUAAUCUGAAUUUUAGCUGAUGAGUUCUCAUCAGAUCUUUGGCAUCUCUGACAGGAUGAUCAUUAACCAUCAGGCUUUUGUGGUGACCAUUUUUAUAGUGUCAGAAAGACUUACAGUCAUUACUUCACAGAGGAUAAGUAUUUAAUAUGUAAAACAUAUUUCUGCAUCAUCAUUUUAGAUGAAGAAAAGCUGUCUUUGAACACUUUGUUUCAGUUAGGUUUCACUGGAUUAAAGACAUCAUAAUAAUGACUCUGCUUAAUUAUAGCAUUUAACCCUGAUUAGCACCUGGUACAGGAAGCUGAGAGCACAGGUAGACUUGGAUGAAUGGAGACACAGCACUAAGAGCUGCUGUGAACUACCUAAGAGUGGAUUGUCAUGUUUUGGUAGAUUUUCUGUGAGGGGCUGUAUGAAAAUUACAAAGUUGUGUUUUUUCUUUGUUUUUUUGUAGAAAUUACAUAUAAAAUUUGUCAAUGUCGCAUAAUAGUUCUACUCCAGUCUGCAUCUCAGUAAAGAGCAGAGCAAAAUAUGUUUUGUAUUGUAUUUUUUGAAAAAUACAAUUUUUCAAAAAAACGUACACACUGACCAAAGAAGCUGCCUGAUAUUAUUCUGACUAAAAUAAAAAUGCAAGUAAAGUGUAAUUUAAAUAGCACCUUUAUAAACAGAGUUUACAAAGUGCAAAAGAAAAAAUCUGAGAAGGGAAACUUCUACUGAAAGCCACAUGAUGGAUGAAAGAAUCACUGUGAUGGCUUUCAAAUGUUUCCCCUACAUUAGGUAGCAAUUAGUUUAACCUUAGCCUGGAAGAAAACUGUGGCCUAAUCAGAUUUUUAGGAGGGCCAUCUGAGAGCUAAAACCUACGUCUAUUAACCAACGUUAACACUGGAUGGUUAUUAUCAGGUCCCAUCAGGUAACCUGAAAACAACAGGAGUUGACCCAAAGUUGUGAAGACCAAAAUGAACAGCCCAGUUCUUUAUGAGCAGUCCCAAAGUGCUUUUCAGAUAUUCUGUAUAUAAAAAUGGAGGCGUUAGUGGCAGUACUGAGCAGGAAGUGCAGGUGAUCAGGUGAGAAAUCAAAAGGUAGCGAAUAAAACAGCGACAGGAAAAAUAUAAAAAGAAUAAAAAACACAAAUCAAAAUUAAUAACGAAUACUAGUGAUGACUUUAAAAAGUUUAAAAAAUAAUAAGAGAUCAUCAAAUAGAACUGAUUUAACAAUUGUUGGACAUAUCAGACGAGUCCAGACCUUUGGGUUUCAGGUGAGAGGAGUUUUUAGUGAGGAUGACCUCUGAGGUGAAAGAGAAAGAGAACAGAUAGAAACAGAAUGUUUGGGAUCCCAGCACGGAGACUGGGUGGUUAAAAAAGCUUGUUUGCAAAUAGACAGAUGUGCCAUGAUUCAGGAGGUCUUCUCAUCCAUCCAGUUUUCUAACCACUGGAGCCAGCAGCUGGAGCCAGCAGCUGGAGCCAGUCCACCCUGUCAUAGGGUGAAAGGCGGUCCUGCACAGAUCACCAGUGUUUCACCUCCUACCCCUGACUGACAUUGCACCAUGUGGCACCUUUACGCUUGAGAAGCUGUUACUGACUGAAUGUGAGGGUUUGCUUUAAAACAAAUUUCAAACAAAUUUGUAAAAUUAAUUAAAAAAUGUAAAAAAAAAAAUAAAAAAAAAAAGGUUGAUGGAAAAACUAAUAGUUCUAUAUAAAUUUUUUUAAAUUACAUCCUUUAUUUAUCCCAAUAAAAGACAGUAAAA